AUGACGAUGGUGAUGUCUAUGGAGGCGGCGUUGGUGUUUCUGGUCCCGUCGUGGUGGGAGAUCAAAGUCACCUUGGCUGCCGCCAUGUUCCUGAUCUUCGCGUACUGGUUCUUUGCUCACGGCGGCGGCGGAGGCGAUGGUCCUCGUGGUGGGAGUGUGGAGAAUUUGGGGAAUGGUGGAGAUGGAUUCGAGAGCAGCGACAAGAUUGGCCCUCUGAAAGCAGACGCACAAGCAAGUUCUGGAUAUAUAAUCAAAGUGGAAUUGUUGGCUGCUAAGAAUCUGAUUGGUGCCAAUCUGAAUGGCACAUCAGAUCCUUAUGCUCUUAUUGCUUGUGGUUCUGAGAAGCGAUUCAGCUCUAUGGUUCCUGGUUCAAGAAACCCUAUGUGGGGUGAAGAAUUCAACUUUUCUGUGGAUGAGCUACCUGUUAAGAUCAAUGUCACAAUAUAUGACUGGGAUAUCAUUUGGAAAAGUACCAUUCUUGGAUCUGUCACUGUUCCAGUUGAGAGCGAAGGUCAAACUGGUGCCUUAUGGUAUUCUUUGGACAGCGCAUCUGGGCAAGUUUGUCUUCACAUAAAGACUAUAAAGAUUGCUGGAAAUGCUUCAAGAAUUGCUGGAGCUACUAAUCGAAGGAGAGCUUCUUUAGACAAACAAGGGCCUACUGUGGUUCAUCAGAAACCUGGGCCUAUGCAGACAAUAUUCAAUCUCCUUCCAGACGAGGUGGCAGAACAUAGCUACUCAUGUGCACUUGAACGGUCUUUCCUGUACCAUGGACGCAUGUAUGUCUCUGCAUGGCACAUCUGCUUCCACUCUAACGUAUUCUCUAAGCAAAUGAAGGUGAUCAUACCAUUUGGAGAUAUUGAUGAGAUACGUCGGAGUCAGCAUGCUUUUAUAAAUCCCGCCAUAACCAUUAUCCUUCGGAUGGGUGCUGGUGGGCAUGGUGUGCCUCCUCUAGGAAGCCCAGAUGGUAGAGUCAGAUAUAAGUUUGCAUCAUUUUGGAACAGGAAUCAUGCUAUACGAAUACUGCACCGUACAGCAAAGAAUUACCAUACACUUGUAGAAGCUGAGAAAAAGGAAAAUGCAGAAUCUGCAUUACGGGCGCACAGUAGCUCUGUCAGAGUUAGAAAAGGUGAACCAUUGUCGCUGGAAAGCAGUGUGCCGAAAGCUGAGAAGGUUCAACCCUUUAUCAAAUACGAGGUUCUUGUUGGUAUACAUAAUGAUAUUUUUCCUUGCUCAGCAGAGCAGUUCCUAAAUUUAUUAUUGAGUGAUGAUUCUAAAUUUAUAAACGAGUACCGAUCAGCUAGAAAGGAUACAAAUUUAGUUAUUGGACCAUGGCAUCCAGCUGAUGAAUAUGAUGGUCAAGUGCGAGAAUUAACAUUCAGAUCCGUAUGUAAUAGUCCUAUGUGCCCACCAGAUACAGCCAUGACGGAAUAUCAGCAUUUUGUUUUAUCACCAGACAAGAAAAUCCUGGUAUUUGAAACAGUGCAACAGGCACACGACGUACCUUUCGGAUCUUAUUUUGAGGUUCAUUGCUGCUGGAAAAUUGAGUCCAAUGCCGAAAGUUCUUCCACUAUUGAUAUUAAAGUUGGAGCACAUUUCAAGAAAUGGUGCGUUAUGCAGUCUAAAAUCAAGGCAGGAGCCAUAAACGAGUACAAGAAAGAGGUGGAUGUUAUGUUGACGGUGGCUCGUUCGUACAUCACUUCGCACACGUGCAAAGACUCGGAUACUAGUGAUCUGCAUCCGUCGUCUGCUGUGCCCGCUGCAACACAAGAAGGAAACUGA